AUGCUGAGUAUAAGAAAAAGACCUCAAAUUGAGCAAUCAGGCAUUGGAUCUUAAAAUCAAUUCUAGUAUUAAAAUGACCCUUCAAAGCAAUUCUUUGACAUACUUAUACAACUUGAUAGGCACGAGCCUUAUCUUGCUGAGAGAAUAGUAACAGUGUUUGAGCAAAAUUUUGACUUAAGACCAGAUGAAGAAUGCUCGCCAGUAAUGAAGGAAGAGGUAAAUGACUAGUUCGUGUCUGAUGAAUCCUAUUUCAAGAAUCAAAGAGAUGGUUCCCCAAACAGGCAAAAAGGAAAUUCACCACUAAAAUAAAGCGAAAUAACCUCCUCUAAAAUUGGAUUUUAAUCAAUGAUUGAUAGUACUAAGAUAUCAAAGAACACAAAUAUCACUCCAAGAAAUCAACAAAUGAUUGAAAGUCUUUUGAAAUAUUUACAAACUGCAAAAACAAUAGCUGAUAUUUCGCUUUUGGACUUAUUAAUGAAAAUUUAUUUCAAUCUUCAGAGAUUUAAGUUUCAGGGAUUUCCAGAUAACGAAGGGGCUAGAAUAAAUUUCCAUCUAAUGUUUUAUAACGCUAUUGAAAAAAUAUUAGAUAAUAAGCAUCUACCUAUUAGAUUUAAUGCUCAGUUAUGCUAGUCUUUUGGUAUAUAUGAACUUGUGAUCUAAUGCCUAGGCGAUAAGCUAGAUAAAAAUUAGAUUCUAUAAAACAUGCUUGGCUUGAUUAAGUAUCUGAGCCAGAGGUAAAUAGAAAGUGUGAUUGUUAAGAUAAGAGAAAAAUACAAGAACAACCUUAAGGAAGGUUUAAAGAAAGAUAAGAAUAGAAAGUUCGUUUUGAGGUUGUUUAGAAAUUUGUUAAUGGGAUCAAAUAAUAAUGCAAUAUAAUAUCUCCAAUCAAAUGAAUUUUUGGAGAUGUAGUAAACUUGCAUAAGAUAUAUUAAUAAAUACCUCUCAAAGAGCAACAAUUAAUAGGCUGUACUGCUUCAAAAUAAUGGAAAUCAAAUCGAUUCCAGAUAAUCUAAAAAGCUAUACCUUUUCAAGCAUAUAGAACCUUAUCUAGGUCUCUUAUUUACAAUAUUAACAUCUAAGCAGAGCCUAGACACUCAUUUACUUACAGAAUUCGUUAUUUACUUCUUUAAAACCUCUCUGGACAGACCAAUUAACAGUCUUUUGCUAACGGCUGAUGAUAUAAAACUUGCAAUGUCUAUGCUUUUCAAAUCCUUAUAAGAUAAUGGGCUGCUUAACAGGGAGAAGAUCAUCAUCUUAGAAAUUUUAGAAGGUCUUACCUUGUUUAGCUUGGUGUUUCAAAGAUAAAAUCAAGGACUAAUAGAUUUUAUAACUCAUUAAUCCUAAAGCCAGAGAAGUAUGCUUUCUGAUUAGAGUACCUCUCUUAGUGCUAAUGGGUUGUUAGGACAUAACCAUAAUACUAAUGCCCUCAAUCAAAUGAAUUAGCAUCUAGAAUAGCUUAACUUAUCCUAGCAUUUUGAAUUUGGAGUUUUACAGUUGAUAAGAUUAGAGUCUUCUAAUGAUAACUUCUAGGAAACAUCUGGCUCUCUUAAAUACUUAAAUUAGCUAAUAAAAUUCAUUCAGUCAAUGAGGAAAAAUGAUGAGACUACUGCCAGAGCAGUCAUUUUUAUAUUCGAGAUAGUUGACAUACUCUCAUAGAACUACAGUGUUAAUGAACAAAUCAAGUCACACACCUAAAUCCUUGUCCAUAAACUUGUGAAAAGUUUUGAUUUCAUUGUCAAAGAAGAACUCACUACUUUCACUCUUAGUGAAUUUUCCAAGAUUUUAAAAAGAAAUAAUUACCAAAACCUGAUGAGCGGGAUACUUGAGAUUAUGACCAAUUUUUAUCUUAAUCAUGACCCAAAGACAAGCUACCAAAUUUUCUCCACUAUCGUUGGAGUAUUAACUCAUAAUUGGCAUGAGUUCCAGUUACAGUAAGAUAAGUAGGAAUUUUCAAAGAUCUUAAAAUGCCUUUCCGAGAUAACAACCAAUCUAAGUUCUUCAAAAAUAAUACAGAAUUAAUAAGAGAAGCUCUAUCAAUAAUUCAUAUAAAUGUGGCUUGUGAUUGCAGGAUACAUAAAUCUAAACAAACUUGAUAAAGAAUUUGGAUAAGAUGAAUUGAAGAAAUUGGCUUUAGCUACUCCUUAUCUCUAGUACUAAAGUGAAUUUUCAUUGCAAAUAAGACUUGGCACAAACAAAGACAUACUCGAGAACUUUAUAACACAUAUUGUAAGCCCAUAGCCAAAAUAGGCGGUCGUUUAAUAAAAGGACAAAAAAAAGAUAAACAAAAAUUAGCAAAUGGCUAUUGAAAUAAUUGAUGAUGAUGAAGAAAAUGAAGGAGAUUAAGAUGAAUUGAGCUUUGGUGAAAGAGUAUUCUUGGCUCUUUAUGCUUACAUAUCUGAACUUAAAAUGUGUUCUAUAGCUCAUAGAGAUAUCGAUAAGUACCAAAGUCAAUCAACUAGAAAUCUUGAACCUCUGCAUAAUAAUUUUAUUGAAUCUCUGUUAUUGAUAUUCGUAAAUGAGAAAAUAGAUCAAGAGCUAUUUAUCUUCAAACUUGAGAAACUUUCUUAUUCUCUCUUUGAAUUAUACUUAACGAACGAUUAAGAUCAAAAGCAAGAUAGUAUUUGUCUAGUCUAACUGAAAGUUUUCCUUAUUUACUUAGCGAGCCUUAGAUUUUCAACACCUUUAUGGAUGUUAUAAGUAAGACACUUUAUUCCUCCUAAUGAUCCUAUAGCUGCUCUAAAUACUGAAAACUAUACAAUUUAUGACUCAUUGUCUCACCCUCUGAGACUAAUAAGCUCCUGUGAAUAAAUAUUGUCACCCACAGAGACCGAGAAGAAAAAUGUCAUCUUAGUGGACUUAUAAAAUUUAUUCUUGGAUAUGUUUAUCUAUUCAAGUAUAAUCUCCUUCGAUAGAUUAAACUAGAAUUUCGAGAACUAUAAACUAAUCUAUCAUUAAGAAAAUUAAAAUUUGCACAAUCUGAGGAAGUAAGCUAUACAGAAGCCCUGGCAGUUUAUCAAAACGAUUGAAGACAUAAAGAGAUAAUCAAAUGGCUUGCUUAGCAAUAAUAAUGGAAUUGGAUCUUAAAGCAUUAUGAGUGGAAUCUUCAACAUAGCUAAGAAGCAUUAAUCUUGUCAACCAUUUCAAGGCUAAGAGCAGCAUCUAAAUUCUAAUAUGAGCACAGCUAGCAAGAAGCAGUUUUACUAGGGUGAAGUGCAGCAGAGAUUGAAGAAUAUUCAAUUGCUGAAAGGUGAUAAUAGAGAAAUAGGGAAAUCUUCAGUUGCUAGUUCAACUAUCUAUAACUCUUUAUCCAAUCAUCUUUAGCUAUACCGUGAAAUAGAACUAAAAUUACUUAAACUCAUCAUGAAGCUGGAUAUAUAUUAUCAAGUACAGAACCUGCUCAAGCAUCAUACUAAGGAACAAGUAUUAUCUAUUUUGAGAAGAUAAAAUGAGCAUAUUAACAAGAUACUAUUAGAGCAAAGGGAGAAAUAAAAUGCUGCUAGGCAAAACUUAAACAUCAGCAGCAAUCUUUAGCUUAAUAAACUUGGCAUCUUGCCUUAAAUGAGCAUUGAGUAAGAUAACUGCUUUGUUAACAUUUAUAGAUCAAAUAUGUUCUCUCAUCAGUUGAAACUAGCAAAGAGUUUAAGCAGUGCGAUAAGCUACGGAAUGAAUACUCAGAGUAAACUUGAUCCAGGCUACAACUCAUAGAUCCCACUAAUCAUUAAAGAUAAUCAGAAAGUUAACUAAAAUCUUUAGAAACUAGUUCAUCAUGUCAACAGAAAGAGAUAUCUUUCAAAGAUCACAUAAAAGUUCAACCAUCAAAUGAAAAAAAACAAAGGCUAAAUUGGUUCUAUUGGGUAAUAGAUUUUGGCAUUAGUUACUUAACUUCCAGCAGCUGUGCUAUGCAAAGAAACUAUUAACAGUUUUAUAUCCCAGGUGUUAAGCCACAUUAAUCAAUCUGGGAAUCCAAUACUCUAUCAAACGCUUUCUCAGCAGAUGCUUCUUGGCUUUUAAUAUAGCAUAUCUAAAAUUUAAAAGCAAACUACAAUGUACCAAGAAGAUCUCUAUAUAAAAUCAUUUGAACUUAAAAACACGAUGAAACUAAGCAUAAUGGGGGUGUCUAAGUAAGUUACCUAGUCCAAGCAUCUAGAGUCAAUCAUAGGAAAGUAUGGAUACAUAAAUGCUAUAACCAGCAAGAGUUUGCUCUCACAAUUUUCACAUGAUCAAUUCUUAAAGAUAAAACUGCAAACGAACUGGAUGUAGGAAAACAGUGGAAAGCACAUAUUGAAGUACUUGAAUAGCUAUCUAGAUCAAUUUAUAAAUGAUCUACCAAUAAUGAUCACAAAAAGUAAUAACAACCUUAACAGCUUGGCUUCAGUAGUUAAUAAAAUGAUUGGGGAUAGAGGGGAAGUAAAAUGGUUUAGAAAGCUAAAUUAAGAGAAGGAUUUCAUCAAAGUAGGAUUGAAGCUGAUUAAACUUGGACUCCUUCUAAUUGAUUUCACUAAGAGUAAACCAUCAUAAUCAAAGGAUAGUAGCAUAAAGUCACAAGGCUAAGGCAUAAUCACCAAUGACUUUCAGCAAAAAGUAUAUAACUUUAGCUUGAACUUCAUGCAAGUAUCCUACCUAGAAACAGUUAAGAACACUAUGCUAGAUCUCAAAGAAGAACUCUCCCUGAUCGAGGAUGUAAAAUAUCUACUCGAGUAAGAUUAGCAACCACUAAACGUAGACAACACCCCAGAUUCAUUAUGCCUGAACAUUUUGCAUGCGAAAGACAAGUCCACUCACUCUGUAGUCAUGAACUCAGAUUAAAACUUGUAGCUUUAAAAGGUCUUCACACGGCACAACCUCACUCCUCUAUCUAUUCAAAGAUCUUCUCUGAGCUUUAGACAUCACAAGACUACUUAGAUUGUAAUUAAAAAGGCUUUGCAGCAUCAAGAGUACGAGCACAUAGUUAAAAACAAGUAGAAUGAUCACAAGAUGUAUAAUUCUCUUGCAGUGCACUUGCUUUUACAGUUGAAGUACACACUUAUGGGAUGGAAUUACAACGAGAAGAUGCUUGGCAUCAGACUGCAGCCCACAAUAGAUUAAGCGUUCUUGCAGGAAAAGGCGUAUAGUCUAGUCAGGUACAUGCCUAAACUGAUGACCAAGAUAUUCUUUAAGAUAGGCACUAGUGCUAGGCUGCAAGAUUUGAUAAGACCUCAUUUACAGGACGAUAUUAUCAAAAGACCUUAUUUAUACAUGUGGAGUACUGACGCUUUAUAGAUAUAUCUAGAACAUCAUCAGAAUUAGAAACGACUUAAGGAUGCUAGGUCAAAGAGUUCUAUGUGGAGAUGCUGGGACAUCGUCAAGAUGCUCAAAUACAUUGGCUUUAAGUAUAAUUCAGAGUACAUGCUAAACUAGAUUGCUUUGAAGCCCUUGGAGUUCGUGGAAAGCAAGAUCAUCCUGCUCUACCUCUCUCAGAUAUUCCAAUCACUAAGAAAUGACCAGCACCAGCAGAUUCAGAGAUUCCUAAUCAAGAAAAGCAGAGAGUACGCCUCCGUAGCUCACAAUGUGCUCUGGUUCUGUAAAGUUGAAUCUUAGCUAGACAAAAGCAAGGGCAGAAAAGUAGCCCUGCCACUAAGGGAAAAUCUUCCAGAGGUCGCUGAAUUGCUUGAGAAAAAUGUGGCUAAGAUUAUGACCAAGGUGCAGAAACAGUUCUUUGACAUUGAGACGGAGUUCUUUGAAAGGGUCACGUCUAUCAGUGGCUUGCUCAAUCCUAAGCAGUCCAAGGACGAGAAGAAAAGCAUUAUCAGAGAAAGACUGCAAGAAUACAAUAAAAAUAUACCAGAGUCUGUUUAUUUGCCAACCAAUUCGACAUGCAGAGUGGUAGGUAUUAUUCCAGCAAGCGGAGCCCCUAUGUAAAGUGCUGCUAGAGUGCCAAUCCUUGUAUCUUUCGAAGUAGAGGAUUACCCAGGUCCAGACAAUGAUCCCAUCCUCAAGCAAGGUUCUAGUAUCUCUGAUGCUUCCACUCAAUUCUCUGAGAGUUAAUUAAACCUAAAAUAGUCACUAUUUCCAGUACUUUCUCUGCACAGUUCCAGAAAGAAGAACACCGUAAAUACUCAUAAGAAGAGAUAACAAUUAAAUGAAGUGAAGAAAUCUGCUCUAAUGAAGCAUGAGAGUAUCAUACUAGAUGAGCAGUCAGCAAACGACUAGUUGCAAGAGAUUUACAUGGACAAUGACAAUGAGAGUGAAAGUGAUGAUGAGGACCCAAACACCUCGCCUAAGAAUAGCAGUAAUACUCUGCAAAGUAAUCUAAUGAGCAACAAAAAUAUAUCUGGCUAACCGUCAGGGGUCAAGAAUAAACUCUCUAUGUAUACUUUUGUGCCAAAUAAGAAUUAGGACAAAUUUAACCAAGCCACUUAUUCUUAACACCAAAGUUUACAGAGCCUGCAAUCUGUGACACAAAGAGCAAGUCAUAAUGCUAAUGAGGAUUAAUUCAAAUCUGACUAAAAGAGUAAGAGUGCCUCUAAACCUUCCAGAGAAGAACUUAAAUUCAGAGAGGAAGAAAAACUUGCAGAUAAAGGAGAGAUUGAGGAGAUAAAUUAAUCAUUUGGAGGAUAAUAGAUAAACUAUCACACUUUUGAUAGGAAUGCUGACACUAUAUACUCUGGAAUGAACAAGAAGUCAACAUAUAUGCCUAUUGUUGAUUUAGAUCAGAGGAGUAGUCAUUCACAUCACCAGAGCAUUGAUUUUAUGAGGAGCUAUGAAUAGAAAUUUAUCAAGAGCUCUCUUAAAAGAAAAAGAUCAUUCCAAUCUAAGAGUCCAAAGCAAAUGAUUAGUUCAAAAGUAAAUAAGCAAGAACUAAAUCAUAAAAACAAGAGUGUCAAGAUAGUAUCUUGCAUUUUUAAAGUCAAUGACGAUCUUAGGCAGGACAUACUGGCUCUUUAGAUCAUUAAACUAUUCCAGAAGAUAUUCAGAAAACAUGGCCUUGAUCUCUUCGUUGCACCCUACAAAUGCAUAUCAAACAGGACCGGUGAAGAUAGAACACUCGGAGGUAUAGUCGAGUGUGUACCAAGUUCAAAUUCCAGAGAUUAGCUAGGUAAGGCUUUUGAGAUCGAUCUAUACUAGUACUUCCUUAAGAAAUAUGGAGCUGAGUCCUCAACCGAGUUUAAAGUAGCCAGACUUAACUUCAUAAAAAGUCUUUCAGCCUAUUCAGUUGUAAGCUACAUUCUCUAGAUUAAAGACAGACAUAAUGGAAACAUUUUGAUGGAUGACUGGGGUCACAUCAUUCAUAUUGACUUCGGCUUCAUCUUUGAUUGGUCUCCUGGAAAGGAUAUGGGAUUUGAAUCAGCCAAUUUCAAACUCACCAAGGAGUUCAUUGACAUUUUAGGUGGAAAUCAAAAGGCAGAGGCAUAUCAGUUGUUCGUUACAAAGACUAUCCAAGCAUUCUUGGCUGUGAGAGAACAUGCGAGAGAGUUCAAGACACUCGUGACUCUGAUGAUAUACUCAGGAUUCCCUUGCUUUAAGGAGCACAGUCUGUAAAAACUAGAAGAUAGAUUCAGACUAGAUUUGAACACUCUUGAGGCAGCUAAUUACAUGAGAGGUAUAAUCUAGAAUGCUCAUGAUAAGUGGACAACUAACUUCUAUGAUAAGAUUCAGUAUCUGCAAAAUAAGAUUGUCUUUUGA